UGAUUGAAGCAUGCUUUUCGACUCAGUUCAAAACAUUGCACGCCGAAAGUCUGUCCGCAGAUUGAAAUCGCAAUAAUUUUCUGGUUCAAAAUCCAGUGCACCUUUCCCCCGCGACGAUGGACGGAAUCAACGAGUAUGACUCCUUCAUCUCCCUGCACAAACCGCAGCUGCAAACGUCUGCCGUUCCGGAGCACUUCUGGCCGCAGUUGUUCCGUAAGUUGAAGCACCAGGAAUUCGACGCCGGGAGCAGUUUUUCCCUUCUGCUGGUGGAUUACGGUGAUGAGCAGCGCUCCGAGGAGGAUCCCAUCUGGACGGUGGCCGUCUCCAAGGAAGGUGGCAUCCGAGCGGACGAUCCGACGGCCAUUUACCUGGUGGAUCACGCGUGGACUUUUCGAACGGAUAAUGCCCGGCAAUUAUUGGGGGAACAUCCGCCGCUGGUCAAUCGGCUGGCCAUUAUGAUGGGAAUUGAGCAGGAGGACGUUCCGGCUUCGGUGGUUAUCUCUAAGAUUCUGAACGACGUCUGGAAGUGGUGCAAUAUGUAUGCGUUGAACGGAGAGGGACUGACCGUGGAGAACCGGAUGCCGAUUUGGUACGUGAUGGACGAACUGGGAAGCGGAAUUCUGCACGGGAACAGUCCUAACUGCAGAGUGGUUCCGUUUAUUCACGUUACCGAACAGAUGACGUACAGUUUGCUGUUUCCGCUUGAAGAUUUGGACGAGGGGGAUCAGCUUUAUAGGGAUUUUGUGGAAGGAGUUCCCAGCGACAGUAAGGAACGGGAUGCUCUCCUGCUUCCGUGGCAUUAUACUUCUCUGGUGGAGGAGAGUUUCGCCCAGAAAGAAGCGCCUAAGGAGUACUUCCUUGCAGGGCACAUAGAGGAAUCGCUCCCCAAUCCGGACGUUGCUCCACCGUUGUUCGAUGGCAACUGUGCCCUGAAGGUUUACUCUGAGUACGACAUGGUCAAUCAAUAUCUUACCGAUCCGGGAUUCGAAAUCGUGACCAGUCCGGAAGAAGCGGACAUCUUGUGGCUGACAUCGCAUUUCAAGCAGUACAAGGAGUUUAGCGAAUCUACGCCGAACAAGUACGUGAAUCAGUUCCCCUUUGAGAACGUCCUCACCAUCAAGGAUCUGCUCAGCAUCGUAUGCAGAAGAAUGGCUAAGAAAUCGACGGAAGCGCAGGAUCCACUGGAGCCGAAUCCCAAAUGGCUGCCAGUGACGUACAACCUGAAAACCGAGCUUGUGGAGUUCGUCAGCUACUAUCAGAACCGUGUCCACAAAGGUCUGGACAAUCACUACAUCGUGAAGCCCUGGAAUCUGGCACGUGGUUUGGACACCUACAUAACCAAGAACAUCGCCCAGAUCAUGCGCCUUCAGCACACCGGACCGAAGAUCGUUCAAAAGUACAUUGAAAAUCCGGUUCUGUUCGAACGGGCCGAAGUCGAAGGUCGCGUCAAGUUCGACAUUCGAUACGUAAUCCUCCUGAAGAGUGUCGACGAGUUGUCUGCCUAUGCCUACACGAACUUCUUCCUGCGCUUCGCGAAUAAACCGUUCGAGCUGAGCGAUUUCGACGACUACGAGAAGCAUUUCACCGUGAUGAACUACUCGCAGUUCCAGCUGAGGCACAUGAAGUGCGAGGAGUUCCUGGAACAGUGGAAGAUCCAAUAUCCUCGGCAUCCGUGGAAAUCCAUCGAGGCGGACAUCUGCGAAAUGUUGAAGGAGGUGUUGCAGGGCGCUACCAAGGUGGGGCCGCCGUGUGGCAUUGGGGCCAGUGGACAGUCCCGGGCACUUUACGCCGUUGAUCUAAUGCUGGAGUGGACCGAGGGCGGAACCGUAAUGCAGCCGAAAAUUCUGGAGGUCAACUUUACGCCGGACUGUAAACGGGCUUGCGAGUACUAUCCGGACUUUUACAACGACGUGUUCAAUCUGCUGUUCCUGGAUCAGGAGAAUGGAGACGUUUUUAGGAGGAUCGUUUGAUGAAAGUUUGUUGAACAUGUGUACCGUUGGGUGAGUAAGAUCAAA